AUGAUGCAGAAUCAACCUCUCGCUUCCGUUGAUACACCGGCGGCCAAACGCGCGAAACGACCACGCGCGGCGCAAGCCUGCGACCGAUGUCGGCUGAAAAAGUAUAAGUGCGACGAGCAGUAUCCCUGCCUACAUUGUAAAAGUAAGGAAUUAAGGAACCCAAAAUGAACAAACGACAACAUCUGACAACCUCAC